AUGUUCGGAAGUAAUGCACAACCACCGCUUGAUGUGAUGGAUACACAAGAACCUCAACAUUUUGAAUCUCUGAGGAGAGGAAUAUUUAAAACGCCUAUCGGAAACUCCUCAUUCAAGCCCUAUUCAACAAACUCUAAACUAUUACUCAAUCAUCAUCGAGCAUCUAUCGUUGGUUCGACUGAAAAUAAGAAUUCCAAUGUAGACAUUGCCACCGAACUUGCUGUAUAUGAUACUAUUACAAAUAAUGAUGUAUAUAAUUUCAAAGAAAGAACACGGUUAGGACCUAUUGGUAUUUUUGACGAAGAUGAUGUAAUGCAAGACGAAAUAGAUCAACAACAACAACAACGAUUUGAAAGUAGUUUUUGCUCGUCAAAAAAGAGUACUCUAUCAACUUCUAGGCCACGAGUUUCCAGAACUACUAGUUCAAACACUCAUUUUGAAAAAUACUACGAAAUUAAACGCAAUAUAGAAAAAGAAUUAUUAUGCAAGCCUUCUCCUAAGAAUAAUGUGAAAGAGCAAUUACAACUAUCAACAUGGGACCAAAAUAUUGCAAUGACCUCAAAGAAAGAGUUACAAUCCAAGUUACAAUCGGCACAAAAAACUGUUGACUCUUUUCUAAAGGAUAUUGAAAAAGAAAUACAGCAAGAACGUAUGCGACUUGCACAAUCCAAGCCUAUCCAGCCACCACCAUCAACAGAACCACCACAGGUUCAACCUCCCUCAAUACCACCACAAACAACUUCUAAUAUUCAACCCACGCCUGUUAUCAAUGUGAAACCUAUGGUGCAACCUCAACCUACUAUUUCUCAACCUAUUGUACAACCUUUGAUACAACAACCGUCAGUGCAACCAACUGUAAAUCCUCCUCAGAUUGUGAAAGUGCCACAACCUCAAGUUAAUGCCCAACCCAUUGUCACGCCAUCAACUACUACUCCUCAGAUUGUGAGAGUGCCACAACGUCCUUCUACUGAACCAGUAUCCAUAUCACAAUCCAAAAUACAAGUUCCAUCACAAGGUACAAGAACAAGAGCCUAUAUGAGAGCAAAAUUCUUUAUGGACAAACUUGAUGAUAUGAAUGCAGUUGUGAAACAAUUUGAAAAUGACAAGUCAUUUAAAAGCUCAAGACUGGACAUCAAGAGAAGUAUAAAUGGACCAUUUAAUAGAGCUGCAGAUGAUGAAGAUGCCAUCAAUAAUGUUAAGAAUGAUUUCUUCCAAGCAUUUAACACUUUUAAACAAUCUCAAGAUCCUAUACCAAAUGGAAAAUUCUAUUAUUCUCUCGUUCUCUUUGCUAAUACGCUCAUAGAAAACGCCUGUUCACAAGCCACCGAUCUCAAAAAAGUAUUCCCGUACGCUAGGAUAACAGCACAGUUAAUGGCAAUUAUGCCAGAAGUAUUAUAUGUGGUGAUGGGCACCAUUCAUUCUAAAUGUCUAUUCACAAUUCCAUAUUAUCCAAAUGCACAAUCAAAAGAUGAAUUCAAGAAAUUAUAUGGAUUUGAAGAGGAUGAAGAUGAAUCAACAUUCGUCAGAAGAAUGAAAGAAAUGAUCAUUCUAUAUGCAUCUAUUAUUCAAACAGACGUUAUUGGACAUGAGUAUGGGUUAGACAAGGGUUGGGAAUGGCUUGCGGCUGUUCUAAAUUUGCAGCCCGUCAAAUAUACGAUUGAAAUGGUAGAUGCAUUUGUGAAGAUUGCCGGUCACAAAUUAGAACAAGCUUACAAACUCCAAUUUGCAAAACUUUUACACUAUCUUGAAGUGCACUUCAUACCAAAUUUACCUCCGAAUUCUGACCAAGGCUCAAUAACAAGACUCAACCUUUUGAUUACCAACUACAAGAAAGACAAAAUCAUCCCUCCACCUAUCAAGUGA